CAACAGAUUUGUGUCUCAAGUGAGAGUCAAAGUAUGCGUUGAGUGAAGACAUCUGUGGCCGUCGACGUCAACACCAUUUGUGUGACAAUACAUACAAUGACUAAACGAACGCUCAGUAGUAAUGGGCUGAAGGACUUGACCACAAUUGAGGCCCAGAGUGGCGACCAAUGCGUCGAUGAUAAUGACGACGACACGGAUGAGGUGGUCGAUGACAACGUGGAGGAGCAGCUGAAACCAAUAAACGGCGAGAACAGUGCCAACAAAGACAAGCCUCGGGUGCGGAUUAAGAGGCAGUCGCUGGUGCUGAAGAGGGGCGACACGGACCUGAGUAUCGACCACUCGGGUGUCCAGCGAUUUCUGCCGACUUGUAUGCACUUUGCGUUCGCCGACAGAGACGCCGAGCGCCUGUAUCGGGAAUACUAUGAAACCGAAAAGCGAAGUGACUUCAAGACACUGAUAGUGAUUGUGCUGAUCGUCAAUGUGGUGCUCUUCCUGCUAUACUCGCUGUCCUAUUCAUCGACACAUUUACCUCAAAUGGGAAUACUGUUUGUGACGUUUGCGUUCACUCUGAUAGCGCUGGUGUUGUGUGUGAACCGUCAGAGCCAGUCGGUCGAGAAGGCGGUCACGUCGACCGUCUGGACAGUGAUUCCGUUCAUCCUAUGGUCCGUACAAAUGGCUCAGAUUUUCUGUGAUGUCUGGAUGUUCGCUGUGCCCGCACUGCCCAGCGAUUCCGUGGCUUUGAUACUACUGUACACCUACUCGGCGUAUGUCAUAUACCCCCUCAGACUCCGCAUCUGUAGUACACUCGCCAUUCUCAUGGCUUUCAUACACUUCCUGUUCGUAACACUCGUCCCCAGCCGAAGACAAGACAUGUUUGUCAAUCAGUUGGCAGCGAAUGUGAUCUUAUUCUUGGCCACCAAUUUGUUGGGCACAAUGUCUUUCUUCUUCUACGAGCGGCAACAGAGGCGAGCCUUCCUCGAGACGCGUCAAAGUCUUGAAGUGAAAUUAGUUCUCGAGGAGGAAUCACAGGAACAGGAGAGAUUAUUGCUGUCAGUCCUACCAAAACAUGUCGCGGCAGAGAUACGUCAAGACUUGGGGGCCGUAGUCGAGGGGCAGUUUCACAAAAUAUAUAUGAGCAUAUUAUUCGCGGAUAUCGUGGGCUUCACAGCCAUCUCAUCUACCUGUCCGGCACCAGAACUCGUCAGAACCCUCAACGAGCUGUUCGCCAGAUUUGAUAAGUUAUCAGAUAUCUUAGGCGAUUGCUAUUACUGUAUAAGCGGCGCACCAGAGGAGCGGUCAGACCAUGCAGUCCUCUGCGUUCAUAUGGGCCUAUCGAUGGUCGACGCCAUCAGGUCGGUUAGAGAGCAGACAAAAUCUCCGGUCGACAUGAGAGUGGGCGUCCAUACGGGCGGUGUGUUGGCCGGUGUGCUCGGACAGAGACAGUGGCAGUUCGACGUCUAUAGUCGUGAUGUCGAGUUCGCCAAUAAGAUGGAGAGCGGAGGUUUGCCCGGGAGAGUUCACAUAUCGGAGAAGACGUUUAGCUUUUUGAACGGAGAGUUUGAAGUGGAGGACGGAGACGGGGCGUCCAGGGAGGAGGCCAUCCGACUCACCGGCAUUAAGACUUAUUUCAUCGUUCGUGUCAUCAAACCCUAUCCCGAAGGAACACUUGAUAUGAUGCAAACCAAUGCUGACAAUGGCGCUGAAGAUAUACCACAAGAGUCGACAAAACUGCAGCAAAAACCCAUUGAGAGUAUCAUCACAUCCAUGGAAGACGUGAAAGAUCCUGAAGAAUAUAAGAGACGAUUAUAUCAGGAGUUGUUGAGCAGAGAUGGCGAGAAGAACGUCUCGGAACACAUCCAACCCUUUACGCUGAACUUUAAGGACAAGACGUUUGAGCACCAGUACCGCAAUAGUCGCGAUAUAACCAGUUGUGUGUCAUUAGUAGGACUUCCUUUGACGCUGUUCUGCUAUCUGAUCGCAUACCUACUCAUUGGUCUGCCGUAA